ACAAACAGUGGUUAGGUAAAGAUAAGAAACAUGGUUUUGCAUUACAUCCACUCAUAUUCGGCUGUGAUAUAUGAGCUUAUGAGAUAUAUGAGGUUUAUGAGAGGCCAGGAGAAUGGACAAGCACUAGGACACUUUGUCUGUAAUGGAACGAACAAUGUCAUCUCCAAGAGAAGUUGUUGCUCCUCCUCGUCGUCGUAAACGGAAAAGGAGAGUUGUAAAAAAGAAAGGACUUUUACAGAAGAUUUUUAAAACUGUGAUUGAGUUUGAUGCCAGAGCCUGUGGGAUUCUGCAGACGUUGGAGAAGCUGAAUAGUCAGAGCUCCGACGAUGUGGAACAAAUACGAUAUCUGACAGCACGUCUGCAAGUCCUCAUACGUGAUCAAGAAAAAGUAAGAAAAGAUGUUGUAUCAAAGACAUCAAAUGGAUUAAGUAUACUUUUAGCUACAUUAGAGAGUUCAAAGGAUACUCAAGUGUCCAUCAAUAUUGUGCAAUGUUUUCUGGAGCUGCUGCAUUCUGGGAAAAGAGCCUCGCUCUUGGUAUCCAAUGGUGCAACUCAGAUUCUACUGAAUAUGCUCUGCUCUACAUCCCAACAACUACCAGUGAAUGAGGAAUUGAUGAAGAUGCUCCAUCAAGUACUAGCCAAGAUUGGGCCAAAAGAUCGUAAGUUUGGUGUAAAAGCGAGGUUAUGUGGCGCAUUGUCUAUCACUCUUGGAAUUAUCCGAACACAUACCAGCUCAUUCUCUGUCCUUCUGCCAUGUUUACUAGUGCUCAAAGUCUAUACCACUAAUGCUGUUAAUUGUUCAUACCUUGGUAAAUCCGGAGCUGUUAGUGUUAUGCUGAAAAUAAUCACUAUUUGCAAUCGAAAACAACAUCAUGUAAUGAAACACGCUUUAGACACCCUUGGUCAUCUAGUUAAAUCAAAAAGCAAUUCUGCAAGAGCCAUUGGUCAAGGUGGAAUGACCGUCCUACUGUCCACUUACAUGGAGUGGCACAAGGGAGAUACACGUCAACGGCAUGUGAAUAUACGCAAAGGAAUUCUAGUUUCCCUAAAACAUGUUACAACUUUGAAAUCCGGGCGAAAAGCUUUCAUUGAAGCCGAUGGAAUUAAGAUUAUGUACGCUGCUGCCAAGGAAAUGUCGGAAAUGUGUGUUCCAGGAAAAGAUCUGGAAUCCCUCACAACCUCCAUAAGCGUGAUUCUGCGAAAGUGUUUCCCAAGGAAUCGUCUCCCAGUUCCGACCAUCAAGAGUUGCGUUCCUUUCUCACUGCCGGAGUCACCAACCAUGAAAAAAGUUGAAGAUGUGAUAACAGGUGAUGAUGUCAUUGAUGAGAGUGAUGAUGGAGAUGAUGACCUUAGCAGCGAGGAGGAAACAAGUAAAGAACCUGAGGAAGUGGUUGAUCUUCAGGAGGCUAGUUUGAUUGACAAGGCUGACGUACCUGACCUCGACAGCAGUCCUGUUAAGAAACUAGCGACCUCUGACCAGCGCUGCCUCUGCAAAGAUUGUCUGCAACUGGAGAUUGAAGUGGAUUGUUCACUAUACACUUGUAAGCGUUCUUCACAAGAUCUUCAGAUGUACAGCGAGUUUUUCCCUGAGUUGGUAGAAUUUGAGGAGAUUAUUACAGCAGAUGACAGUGUUGAAAAAAGUAACCAAGAAAUGAGAGAAGAAGGUGCUGAUAUAGCGCCUACCCCAAUUGUUAUUCCUACGGGUUCUGUCGAAAUUACUGAAGUACAGUCAUCAGAAUCUGUCUUAAAGAACAAACAGAAUGGCAUGGGUACAAAACAAUUUGAGGAAAAGAGAUUGAGCUUACCAAACUUGCCCAAAUACCAGAAUCCUCACGUGUCUGAAGACGACACAAUGGAUCAUACGUUGAUUAAUGGUAGCCGCCUGGAGAAAUCAUCACGAUCUACGACAGCAACAAGUAGAUCAGCAAAACCUAGUAACAUGUCACCCUUGUCUGACCCUGUAAAUGGUAGAGUUAGUACAUUUGUUCAACGAGGAAAGCAAUCAAAGAGUAUAAAGUCAACAAAGGGAAGAAAAUCUCCGGUAAAGAUGCGCAAACUUUCAAAAUCUUUGCCGCUUCUGAAGCAUUUGAGUCCUGAACGACAAAUUUCGCGAGCAAAGUCGGACCCUUGCGCUAAUCAGUCAUUUGACACGAUUGCUUCAUCGAUGAUAGUAUCUAGAAUGAGUUUACGGAGUCCAGAAAAACAAGAUAGACCAUUUGAAAGUGCAUUGGGCUACUCAAAUGACAUAAACAUGAAUAUUUGUCCGGAAAUGUACUUUAAACUAGCAGAGUCUACUAAAUCAGUUUUACCCAUGAACAAAUUAAGUUAUUCCGAUGUCCACGGACAUGUGAGCCCGUCAUUUAGUGAACAGUGUAAUGAAAAACAGAGCAAUAUACAAAAAUCCUUGGUAUUUGAGGAUAUAGAUCGAUUGAUCAAUCCGGAAGAGAUUAUUGACCAUGUGGUGUAUGACCUUGAUUCCAUAAUGACUGGGGACGAAUCCACCUUGAAUGCCAACCCACUUUCGCCAAAAUUAACCCAGGUAGCAAAUGGUACUGCAAAUGGACUGAAAUUCAACUCGCUGUUUGAGUGCGGCAAUUUGCGAAAAGCUAUCUGGGUCCGCCAACAUGAGUACGACCUGAUCUUGAACUCCGACGUCAACAGUAAUCAUCAUCAUCAAUGGUUUUACUUUGAAGUGUCUAACAUGAAACCAGGAGUGCUGUACAGAUUCAACAUCGUUAACUGUGAGAAGCCCAAUAGUCAGUUCAACUUUGGAAUGCAGCCAGUGAUGUAUUCAGUGAAAGAGGCUAUGCAAGGAAGACCGAGCUGGAAAAGAUCCGGAACUAACAUCUGCUACUACAGGAAUCACUUCUCCAGAAGCUCAGCUGCCACCGGAGGUCAAAAGGGCAAGAGCUACUUUACGUUGAGUUUCAGCAUCAGCUUCCAAGAUGAAGAUGACAUCUGCUACCUGGCCUACCACUAUCCCUACUCAUAUACAAUGCUACAGGCUCAUUUGUGGAAACUGGAAUCAAAUUUAGGAGAAUUCAGCAACAUAUAUUAUAAACGACAGAAACUGUGUCUGACCAUCGGUGGAAACGUUUGUCCAGUCCUCACUAUUACCGCAAACCCUUUAACUUUUGAUAAGGAUGGCAUUCAACAAUUCAGAAACAGGCCGUACAUAUUUCUAUCAGCACGUGUACAUCCAGGAGAGAGUAAUGCAUCAUGGGUAAUGAAGGGCUCCCUCAUGUUUUUGCUUAGUUCACAUCCAAUUGCGCAAGCUUUACGAGAAACUUACAUUUUCAAAGUAGUUCCAAUGUUGAAUCCUGAUGGAGUAAUUAACGGCAAUCAUCGGUGUUCAUUAACUGGUGAGGAUCUGAACCGGCGCUGGAUCAGCCCAAACCCUGAACUCCACCCUACUAUCUACCACACUAAAGGUUUACUCCAGUACUUAACCAACAUCAAACGCCAGCCACUGGUUUUUUGUGAUUUUCAUGGACAUUCUCGCAAGAAGAACGUGUUCAUGUAUGGUUGUAGUGCUUUACAGUCCUACCUUUCCGACGAUAUAAAUCUUUAUCCACUGGGUGAUAAUAUUGAAGACACAAGCUAUAAGACUUUACCGCGCAUGCUGAGCCAAAUGGCGCCCCCAUUCUCCUUGAGCAGUUGCAGCUUUACUGUAGAGAAGGGUAAGGAGUCGACUGCCAGGGUUGUGGUUUGGCGUGAGAUUGGUGUGCUUCGGAGUUACACAAUGGAAAGCACAUACUGUGGAUGUGAUCAAGGCCCGUACAAGGGUCUCCAAAUCAGUACUGCCAUGUUGGAAGAGAUGGGACAGAAGUUUUGUGAGAGUCUGAUGAAACUGAAGCAGCACCAUACAUCAAAGACAACACACAUUCAACCAGUCUACCAAUAUAUACUCACUUCAUCAGAGAAAGAAGAUGAUAGUUUGGAAGACACUCCGUUAUCACCUCCAACUCCGACCCCAUCUGCUAGAGACAUUGCUGCUGAUGAAGAUGACCUCAGUUUAGAUGAGGACGGCGAUGAAAGUGAUAAUGAGGAAGAAGAUGAUGCAGCCGUUGUUGGUAUCCCCAUUGACACUACGAAGCCAAAAUCAUCACCAACGAACAGGAAUGAAUACUCAUCAUAACCAAAUGUUUGAGAUGUUAAAUUAUAAUUGGAGGUUCCCAUGAUACAUCAAGUUACAUAGUACUGGUACAAAGAUUUCUCGGACGUGAAUGAGUAGGCUUUGCAUUUGCUAUGAACAUCAUCACCUGGUGGCUACCAGUUUGUUGAUAACUGGUAAAACGUACGUUGAAACUUCCCCAUAUGAUGGUUGCAUCUAACAUCCAUUACCUGUGGCAGAACUAGUAUGUUGGCCAAUCACAUAUUGUACACAUGAAGUUUUUUUGCAUGCAAAAUCUGUUACUUGAGCUACAGUAGCUAGUGGCUGUAACUGAGGUGGGAAAAUUUGGCUAAGAACAGGUUGCAACCACUCUUGAUUGUUGGUUGCAUGUAGCAUUUGUUACUGUAUUUGCAGCUGUGCAUGCAUGUUGGCCAAACACAAGUUGCAACCAUGCUUGUGUGAUGGUUGCAUGCGACAGUAGCUAAUUGAACAGUUCGUCAAAAAAUCCAACUCUUGGUAUUUCGUUGGAAUGCAAUCCUCCCUCAAAAGUACUACCACGAACUAGAGGGCGUCCUUUAAAAAAGCGCAAAGCUGUUCGUUUCGAAUGCGUGCUGUGUCUAAAAAACACAUAUUCAAGAUUCAAACUCUAUUCAAAUUCUAAUAGGGUGCCCCCUAUCUCUCAUGGUAGUACUGUUUUUAAACGUAACGUUGCAUGCAUAGAAAAUCAGCUCAAUCAAAUAUCUUGCAGUUCUAUGCUCUUUGAGGUCAUGCUGGCAGUGCUUUGCUGCCUAUGUACUAUUGCUGCAACUUUUUGUCUGACUUUUAGCCUUCUAAUAGUCUGUACUCUUAGAAUAAAGGUGCUAUUGAAAUUCCUGUGGUAGUACCGUGUACAUUGUUUUGUCUUAUUCAUACAGUAAUUUGAAUGUAAAGUGAUUUUAGGAUUAUUUUAAGAACAAAAUGUUACUUUCACAAGCAAGAUGGAGGUGGAUUAAUUGAUUUUAUUAAAACACUAAACACUUACCAGCAAAAUAAGUACUAGUUUAGAAACUCUUCUGAAUCUGUUUUUACUAGGAUAGGAAUUUACGGAGUGGUAGGCCUACCAGUUUGGCAAGCGUUGGUGGUUAAUAUAUAUUUUAAGGUAAAAUAGCUAAAAGCAAGUGGGUUUUAUUUAUUAAAUACAUUUUAUGGCAAUUCUGUACUACAUUAAAGAGAAUAAUGAUUAAUAGUAUUGUUCUAGUUUCAAGUACUUAUUUGUGAUUGUCUGGUUUUGGUAUAUAUAUAUAUACUACAUAGUAAAAUAUAGGCAUUCGUUUGUUGGAAUGUUAUUAUAUGUAUGCCUUUUCUAGGAUAUUAAACUUGAGUACUAGUACUUGGUAAACAGUGUGAAAAUUAACGUAGUUACAAGUUUGUUUCUAUACUUCCCCAUUGUAGUGUGUACUACUAAAGUUGUAGUAGUUUGAGUGCUCAUAUAGUUUGCAUGUCGAUAGCUACGGAAGACCUCACUAGCAAUAUCAAUUCAUAGUUUAGACGGAGCACUACUCUAUUGUACUACUGUAUUGUACUACAACAUAUUUACAAGUUAAAAUUGUGUGUAAAACAUUACAAAAAGAGUAUACAUUGAUAGAAUAGAAAUUUUAAAAGAUUCUUCCUUUAUAAAUUUAAACAUCCUGUGCUCUACAUUCUGUGAUUGGUUAUGAUGUAGACUCUGUACUAGUAGUUAGAUACAGUAAUUUAAAUAAUAUGGACAUGCUAGCUGAAUGUUCUCUAGAGCUUGUGUGAUUUUGAUUUCUUGACUGCAUAGGGGAGGAUUAUUAUCUUGCUAUUAUAUUAUAUUGUUAAACAAUA